UUUCCAGCCACUUCAACACACCUUGCACUUCUCACUGUCUCCGGAACUUGUCAGGACAGAAACCAGAGCCCCAGGCCAGCCAUGCCACUCAGCGAACACAUGAAAAGCCCACCCUGCCGGCACCUCCCCAUCUUUAUUCUCUCGCAAUUCAUAACAGCCUUCUGCUUGUUUGCCUACAUUCGGCUCUCCAAAGACCCAGGCCAAGAGGUCCAGGCUGGCCAACCCUCCACCCUGACCACCCAGCCUGUAAACAACCCCACAACUCCGCAGCCUGGUUCGGAGCUGACCAUCCUGCUGUGGACCUGGCCCUUUGGGCAACAUGCUGCUCUGAGAAAAUGCUCCAAGCUCUUGGGCAUCCACGACUGUCACAUCACGGCCAACCGCAGCUGGUACCUCAAGGCUGAUGCUGUGAUCGUACAUCACAGGGAUGUGUGUUCCAGCCCAAAGACAUUGCCCGAGGGCCCACGGCCCCCUUCCCAGCGCUGGAUCUGGUUCAACUUGGAGUCUCCCACCCACAGCCCUAACCUGGGCUUCAUGGAUAACCUCUUCAACCUGACCAUGUCUUACCGAAGGGACUCUGAUAUCUUCACCCCCUACGGGUGGCUGGAGGUCCUCAGCCAGCCCCAGAACUUCAGCAUCCCCGCCAAGUCCAAGCUGGUGGCCUGGGUGGUGAGUAACUGGAACCCAGACUCCCGCCGGGUGCAGUACUAUGAGGAGCUGAAGAAGUACAUCCACGUGGAUGUAUAUGGCAGGAAACACAUGUCUCUGCCCCGGGACAAGCAGUUAUCCACCCUGUCCCAGUACAAGUUCUAUCUGGCCUUUGAGAACUCGCUUCAUGAGGACUACAUCACCGAGAAGCUCUGGAGCAAUGCCCUGGGCUCAGGGGCUGUGCCCGUUGUCAGCGGCCCCCCGCGAGAAAACUAUGAGCGCUUUCUGCCCCCCGAUGCCUUUAUUCACAUCAAUGACUUUCCCAGUGCUCAGGGGCUGGCCCAGUACCUUCAGGAGCUGGACAAGGACCUAGUGCGCUACCAGCGCUACUUCCAGUGGCGAACGUGGCUCAAUCCAUCAGAGAGAACUUACUUGGCCAUUCACCUCUGCAAAGCCUGCCAGGCCUUGCAAAUGACACAGACCUACCAGACCAGGCCUGCUCUGUCCAAGUGGUUCCACUAGGGGUGACAUGCUCAGUUGCUGUGUUCAGGGCAAGUCAUAUACUGCUGGCUUGGUUGCAACUAGCCAUGAUUGACAUUUUUCUUUGUUCAGCGAUGUGCUUGCAUUCAUUACAAGCUGGGUAGACUUUACCUGAGGGAUUGGCUGUUCUCUGCCCAGCCCCUCCCUGGUACUCCAUUGACUAGUUUAACAAAACUGGAAUUGUGAAAUGUGGAAUAAGGAAACGAGACCAAAUAAAAAGGCAGCUUCUGGGAAUUAGAUCAGGGAUCCAGUUUCGGGGAGCUGUGGUUAUGGCCAGU